AUGGACGAAAGAAUGAAAGAGAUUCGCAGGGAAUACAUGCGGUUUGUUCGCUCUGACGACUCGUACAUGAAGCAGUUGAUGAAUACAUCCUACUUUUUGUAUCCAGAGGUUAUUAAUGAGGCUGAAAUAAUAUCAUUAAAUUUCAAAAGAAAAGAAGACCGUCCUGGCUAUGUUUUCGAUUUGUUUAUGAAGACUGAAGAUGGGUGUUCAAAGAUAACUAAAAUCUUAACUGAGACCAAGAAGUCAGUCAAGCCAGACGUUUCUGCUCCAUCCAAGUCUCAGAAACCUAAAGUGGAAGUUUUAUUAGAAGCGAUAGCUCAGGGCCAGUCGGAAUUGUUUCAAGGUCAACAAGAAAUAAAAGAUGAAAUGGUAAAUUUUAAAAUGGGUCAACAAGAACUCAAAAAAGAAAUAAAAUAUACUAAAGAGUCAGUCCAAUCACUUCGUUCAGACAUUCUUAAACUAGAGACGUCGAUGGAGACGAAAAUUUUAUCUAUACAGGAACAACUGGAUGCUCUCAAGAAAGCUGUAUCACAGGGACAAAAAGAACGAAACAAAAUUAAUGAUCAGAUCUUGAAAAUGUCGGAGGAAGUGACACAACUGAAAGAAGAAUACCAAAGUGUGAUAGCAAAGAUUGAUGUCCUUCAACAGAAGCAGGUUGCCACAGACGAUAUAUUUCGUCAGUUCUUCGAUCAAAGUAAAACCCUGCUGAAUACUAAGGGCGAUGUGUGGACAGCGAUAGAAGACUUGCGGGAAAACAUAAAUAAACUGAAGAUGCGUUUUGAUGUUGAAUGCAAGACCUUGCAACAACGUCUGGAAAUGAUGAAUCUUCACGACAAAGGUACUCUUAUAAAAAAGGUGUUUGGGAAAGAUGCAGAAAGAGUCCAAGAUUCUGCUGUUCAUUUUAGGACUAAAAAGACCAAAAGCAAAGUAAAUAUUAAAGGUAUUACAGAACCAUGCAAGCCAUUGGAAGAUACAGAGCGAGCUGAAGGUCUGAGUUUAGAAUCCUUUGUUAUAUCUAUUUGUAAAUGUACUCAGAAACAUGCAGAAAAGGUUGAAGAUUCAGGUAUGUUUGAAUACAUAAAGAAUGCAUUCAAAGAACAGGCCCAGAAUUUCGAUGCAGUACACCAGAAGUUCGAUGAAGUACAAAAGAAUAUUGAUACAGUACGACAAGAAAUAAAAGGUGAUUUGAAAUCCAUUAAAGAAUCAUUUCACAAAGAUGUGAGCAGACUGGAAACAAUGUUGGAGCAGAAUAUGUUGUCUGUGGAGAAACAAUUUGCUGAUUUCAAGAAGGAUACUUCACUGGGACAAGCCGAAAUACAAGCUUGUGUUUCAGAAAUGAUGGAAAAAUACGCACAACUGAUAAAACAAUUCGAUAGUAUAAAAGGAAGGAUUGAUGAACUUGAAAAGGAUCAGGCUUCUGAAAUUGAUAUAACCAAACAAAUCGUUGCGCAGCUAAAAACCAUAAAUAAAAAACUAGAGAGUAAGGACGAACUAUGCACGGAAAUAGAAAAGCUGAGACAGAAAGUAGAAGAACUGCAGUUAGUAAUUAUGAAUAACUGCAGUGAGUUGCACAAACGUCUGGAUACAUUGACAUUAGAUGAAAAAGAUGAAGCACCUCAGAGGGAUUCUAAACCAAUUCAGGAAUCAGACAUAAACUUCAACACUUAA